CCAUAUGCAUAUGUGCAAGAUGCUAGCCACUGAUCACAAGCUAUUUAAAAUAGCCCCAAAUACGCAAAACAUACCUUAUAAAGAAACGGAUGAUGUCGUUCACUUAGUAGACUUGCACAGUGAAUCUGCGCGGGACCUGUUGUACAAGGCAAUCAAGGAUGACUCGAUCAACAGUCCCAGUCGAUGGCUGCUGUUCGCCAAUGAUAUCGAUAAUCAUUGUAACAUAUCAAAUAAUGACCGCUAUAAUGAUGUAAACUCCAUAGCGAAUAAUGAUCACAUUGAUCAUAGACGAGGCAUUGAAAAUCAGUUCGCUGAUCUGUAUAUUGAUAUAAACACGGAGGUCUAUGUUACAUUUCGACGCAGGAUCUGUGUACUUUUAUAUUCAGUGUAUAAAAUAAAGGCCCACCUCCCUUUAAUAUGGGAGGACUUCGGAGUAUGGACGCCGUCCGGUUUCGACCGACCGCGGCCGGCGCCGGCGGCAGUUCGGCGGCACGACCUGCAGGGAGCUGAUGUGGUCGUGCCAACCGUCCUACUGCACAACGAGACGUUGGAAGACUUGCCUGACUAUCUGCACCGCGAACGGGACACCAUGACAAAGUUGGCGUACUACAUGUGCUCGCACCUCGUCGAGUGGGUGAACGGGACCAAAGUGCUGAAUCGGACCACAUCGUGGGGUUAUCUACAGCCGGACGGCCGAUGGGACGGUAUCGUCCGAGAAAUGCAGGAUGGACGGGCGGAUAUAGCCGGAUCCUGCAUGAUAGCACAGAAGGAACGAGUAAAACACGUGAACUACGUCCUGGCUCCGUCGAAGAUCGAAGCCAUGUUUGUGUUCAAGAAGCCGUCACUUGCUUCGGUCACUAACAUCUACGUUCUACCUUUUGGCAUUGGAGUUUGGAUGUCAACCGUAGUUCUGAUUGUAUUAUCAACUGCUACUUUAUUCUUGUCUUAUUUUGGAGAGGAUCGUAUGAAUUACGAGAGCAAGUCAUGGCUUCAAAAAAUGUCCGAUGGGUUUUUUGAUACGCUGUGUUUAGUGUUUCAACAAGGAACUGCAGCUGAUCCACUUUCGAUGGCCAGCCGGCAAAUUCUACUGCUGGGACUUAUGGCGUUCAUGUUCCUAUACACGGCGUACUCCGCCAACGUGGUGGCGCUACUGCAGUCGCCCACCAACGACAUCAACAAUGUCGAGACUCUGCUGACGUCCCCCGUGGCGUGUGGCUCGCAAGAUGUCGUGUAUGCUUGGCAGAUGUUCGGGCACGAGUCACGCCCAAUUCAUCGUCUUCUAGCUGAUCGCAAAAUUAACUCGCAAGGGAAAAAAGGAUACCUCAGCGUCGAAGAUGGCAUACGCAAAGUUAGAGAGGGCAUGUUCGCGUUCCACGUGGAGCAGACGGCAGGCUUCGACCAGAUCCAGAAGACGUUUCUCGAGGACGAGAAGUGCAACCUCGGCUUCAUCAAGUACAUGUCGACCACCUCGCCCUUCAUCGGAUUCUCGCAGACCACGCCUAUCAAGGAGAUGCUUAGGAUCGGUGCUAACCGCAUAAUGGAAGUGGGAGUGCAGAGCCGUUCGGCGCGGAGAUUAGUUCCAGAGCGUCCCCGCUGCGGCGCUAGUGCUGCCAUGUUCAACACCGUGCGACUUAGCGACGUGGCACCCGCCUUUAGACUAUUGCUGAGUUUUUAUGCUUUGACGCUGCCGAUACUUGGACUAGAAAUAUUCCUUAGGCGAAGAGAAAUAAAAAGAAUAAACUGCGACUCAAAAUCCGUGGACACGACAACCGAGGAAAUCACCGAAAACGUUAUCUAAGUCACCAAUAAUACACCCAAGUAAUUGAAAUAUGUAUAUUUUGAUACCGUACUUGUAUGUUAAUAGAAAAAUCUCCGAAAUACUGACACUUAACAAGGCUAGAGCUAUUAUGGUCGACUGUACACACAUAUAUGCUACUCAGAUAUUCUUACACUCAUAGGAACAUUUGCACCUUAGCCUAACCUAACUAUUGCCUUAUUCACAUAGGUAAGAAAGCAUAAAAUGGAGAAAUAUAUGUAUAGUAUUUUAUGUUUGGUUUUGACAGCGUUAGGUGGCGGUGUAUCAUUAUUUAGUAUAGUUACUUUUUAGCAGUAUGUUUCUUGCAUUAAAAAUUACUGUCUUGUAUUGGAAUUUUCAUACAUAGCAGAGUCAGCAGUUGUAGCCUGUAUAGAUUUUUUUUAAUUUUAAGCGAAUAGUACCUAUUGCUAACAACAUUGAUACAAAAUACCUACAUGACCAUCUUGUUUAGCAUUCAGAUACCGUAGUUAUAUUACUCCACUUUAUACGUCUUCUUACUUUUUUUCUAUGAUAAUACAUUAAGAUCUAUAAGAAUAAUCAUAAAGGUCAACUCAUGAUCAUUUAGGGCUAGGCAAAAUAUUUACAAUACACAUAAUUGUAUUUAAUUAAAUUUGUUAAUGUAUUUAAUCUCAUAUCUAAAAAAUCUAUUUAGUUAAACAAAAAAGGAGAAUGUAAAAAAUAUACAAGGCUGACAAUAUCUACGGGCCUAAUUCAAAGAAAUCGUUAUAAAAUGUCACAGCGAUACCACAUUGUAUGACAGAGACAUAAUGUGAGUGUGCACGGGAAAACGUCCCACUUUGUCGAUUGCUAUAAAACCGCUUGUCAGUUUAUUCCAAAGACCUUUACAGGGGACAGCUCAAUCACA